AUGACAGGAGUAAACGACCUUUAUUCCCAGGAUAGCCAUCAGCUCUUUUUGGCUCACUUGUACACUUAUAUGGUAGAGAACAAUCUUCGGGGUUCUGCCAUGCAACUAUUCAACGAAUCUCCCGUUCCACGAGAUCCCGAAUUCCAUGAGUUUACCUCAAACCUCCCUCCAUCACACACAAGUGAAAAUUUAUUGUGGGAUUGGUGGCUUCUUCUUUGGACUCUAAUGCCACAAUCGGCACCGACACAUCCAGUCUAUGAUCAUUUGGUGAGUAUAAGUCAAUUACUGGUCCAUCCGGAAGCCGCAAAUGUACAGAGAGAACGGAAAAAGCCACACCAAUACCAACAUCCUCUCCAGACUCAGCAGCUUCUGCAUGCCAAUCUUUAUCAGCAAUUUGAAAUCGAUCGUUCAAGAUUUAUUCAAGAACGUGAAGCUGUACGACAACAAAUUUUAAGGAAUCCACAACAACUACACCAGUCUGAACCCCCGUUGGUUUUCAUGGACGACUGGCUACAUAACAUGGGUUCUGGUCCUAGUCUUCCUUCUUGA